CGACCAAGACUAUUGGGAUCAUCGGGUUGGGUGAUAUGGGGCUACUCUACGCUCGGCGCUUCAGCGAAGCUGGCUGGAAGUACGUAUACAAAAGCGAGUCUUUUGCCAGACACUAAUGAAACAGGGUCGUGGCGUGUGACCGCGACGACUUGUACGAGUCAUUUUCUGCCAAAUACAAGGACGAAAAAUUCAAGAUCUUCCGCAACGGACACUUUGUGUCGCGUAUCAGCGAUUACGUAAUUUACAGCGUGGAGGCCGAGAACAUCGGCAAGAUUGUGUCGCUUUACGGACCUUCGACUAAGGUUGGGGCAAUUGUCGGGGGCCAAACCUCCUGUAAGGCUCCAGAAAUUGCAGCCUUUGAGAAGUAUCUCCCAAAAGACGUGGAAAUCAUCACCGUGCACUCGCUCCACGGUCCGCUUGUCGACACCACGGGCCAGCCGCUCGUCUUGAUCAAGCACCAGGCAUCCGACGAGAGCUUCCGUUUUGUUGAGGCAUUAAUGUCAUGUCUCAACUCGAAAUUUACAUACCUCUCGGCUGAGGAGCACGACAAAAUCACGGCCGACACCCAGGCCUUGACACAUGCGGCAUUCUUAUCCAUGGGGGUCGCGUGGCACAACUGCAACCAGUAUCCGUGGGAGGCUACCAGAUGGGUCGGGGGAAUCGAGAACGCCAAGAUCAACAUCUCGCUUCGUAUUUUCUCCAACAAAUGGCAUGUCUAUGCCGGGUUGGUGCUCACCAAUCCCAGCGCCCACGAGCAGCUUUUGCAGUAUGCCACGUCGGUUACUAGCUUGUAUUCGUUGAUGAUACAGGGAAAGAAGGAGGAGUUAAAGGAACGCAUCUUCCGCGCGAAGGAGCGGGUUUUUGGGCAUCUUGGCGACGAUCAUCAGCUUUUGUUGGAUGACGACUUGCUCCAGACCUUCUCCUUGGGAAAGGUCCCACCAGAGGGCAGACAGCCGAAUUCACACUUGUCCCUUUUGGGGAUCGUUGACAGUUGGAGCGCCUUGAACAUUGUGCCGUACGACCACAUGAUCUGCUCCACUCCGUUGUUUAGAAUCUUCUUGGGGGUCAGCGAGUACUUGUUCUGCACGCCAGGGUUGUUGGAAGAGUGUCUCGAGGUGGCGGUUUCGGACGUGACGUUUAGAAACGAUGAUUUGGAGUUCACGUUGGCGGCCAGACAGUGGAGCAGCAUCGUGAGCUUUGGGGAUUCUAAGUUAUACCAGAAGGUGUUUGAGCGCACGCAGGAGUUUUUCAGGCCUAUGUUCCCAGAGGCGACCAAGUUGGGGAACGAGAUGAUUUCGACGAUCUUGAAGCGAGUGAAGGAGGAGGAGGGAAAGCCGUGCUGACUUGCUGAAUGCAGUGAAGUAAGGCCGAAGGCCACAGACUUGAAGUUUGAUGAAUAUGUCUAAUAUUAAUACGACUUAGAAAUUUCGUUAGAGGUGCAAGCGUGUCUGCAGAAACGCCAUUAU